CACACAGUAUUUUCGAAUAAUUUCAUUUUAUUAGCUACUCAUAUUUGUCUGUUAUUCUCUCUCUUUCCAGUUGAGAUGGAGCUCUCAUCAGCUUGUAAUCUUUCACUUAAACCUAAUUAUUAUUAUUAUCCAACUUCAUUAUUCCCAAGUAAUAAUAGUUAUAAUAAUCUCAAGGCCUCAUCUUAUUACCAAACACAGAGACCUAUCAAAUGUUGUAGUUAUUCUCCUUCAAAAUAUUGCUCCACCAAGAAGUUGCAGACAACACAUCUACUUGGGCUCUAUGCAAAACACAAAUGCUUGAAACCUUUUUCAAUCGGUCAUCUUCCAAGGCCAAAUUCCCUUACGGCUUGGUCUCAUCAAAGUGAAUUUCCUAGUACAAUAGUUACCAAAGGUUCAAAUUUUGGACAUGCUUCGUGGAAAUUCGUAAGGCCCAUUCCAUUUGUAGCAGUAUCUAUCAUAUGCACUUCUUUGUUUGGAGCAGAGCUGUUAAAGAACCCAAAUCUAUUUAGCUGGCAAUUGAUGUUUGAUGCAUUCCAAGGCUUAGUGGUUAUAUUACUAUACCAUAUUUACAUAAAUGGCCUCAAUCAGAUUUACGAUUUGGAAAGUGACAGGAUAAACAAACCAGAUUUACCACUAGCUGCAGAGGAAAUGUCAGUUAAAUCAGCUUGGUUCUUGACAAUAUUUAGUGCAGUAGCCAGCUUACUAUUGAUGAUUAAGUUGAAGUGUGGACUAUUCCUUACUUGUAUGUACUGUUGUUAUCUUGUGAUUGGGGCUAUGUAUUCUGUUCCUCCCUUUAGAUGGAAGAUGAAUACUUUUACAUCAACUCUCUGGAACUUUUCGGAAAUAGGUAUCGGUAUAAAUUUUCUGAUCAACUAUGCUAGCAGAGCUACUCUUGGACUUCCAUUUCAGUGGAGGCCUCCAUUUACUUUCAUCAUUGGCUUUGUUUCAACUUUAAGUAUUAUCUUGAGCAUCCUAAAAGAUGUUCCUGAUGUAGAAGGUGACAAGAAGGUUGGCAUGUCAACGUUACCAGUAAUAUUUGGUGCUAGAACCAUAGUAUUAGUUGGUUCUGGAUUUUUUCUCCUAAAUUAUGUAGCUGCUAUUGGUGUUGCCAUUAUGUGGCCUCAGGCUUUCAAGGGUUACAUAAUGAUUCCUGCUCAUGCAAUCUUUGCAUCUGCCUUAAUCUUCAAGACUUGGUUGUUGGACAAAGCAAAUUACGCUAAGGAGGCCAGUGACAGCUACUAUCACUUCCUGUGGUUUCUAAUGAUUGCGGAAUACAUUUUGUAUCCUUUCAUCUCUACCUAACCUAAUUUCAUUUACUUGCAAUUCGCUUACUGGGCUUGUACUACUUUUUCUUUCUAUUAAUUAUGGGUACCAACAUCUUAAAACAUGUGUUAUUUUUAAUUUAAAUAUGUGAGACAAUCGUAUCAA